UUUCCUCCCUUCUGUAAUAAGCAGCCAAUGAGUUCUCACGGAAGGUGAUAAUUCUGACUAAAAUUACAGAAUAAAGCCGCCAGUUAAAAUCAAGGAACGGUUGUGCUCGUGGUUACUGAAGGGAGCUACAGUGAGAACUCAAUGCUCUUCACGAGCAAGAGAGAAAGAAGAAUCACAUCCAGCUGUAAAACGUCUACAAGAUUCCCAAAUCCUGGUAGACCCUGUCAUCUGCCAGAUAAGAGUUUUGCACCUACCUGCAAACUAAGAAGAAAAUCUCCACAUAAGGAAGCAUCGUGAGGCAACAUAAGGUCAAGACUAACAGGAAAGUCAGACACGCAAGUACAAGUCAAGGUGUUUGAAGGUGGUCCUAGCCUUGUGAACAGCUAAUAAGAGACUUUAAGAUUACAAUUCGUAAGGACUGGAGAUAGUUGUCUAUUUCAUAAAUACUCUGGUAUUAUGCAUUUGCUCUUUCUAUCUUAAUGUAUCACUGGUAUGUGUAUUACUGAAAAAUAUUAUUUGAUACUUACUAAAAAUAUAUAUAUAGUCACAAACAUUAAGGGUCAGCAUACACCUAUUAAUUAUAUAUUCACAUGUAAGUUAAUAGUGUAAUUGUUUGGUAAGGUGUUUGUUCAAGCCUUUGUUACAAGCAUUAUACAUGUUUAUACCACGUACUGAGUUUUAAAUUACAGUGAAUUAGAGUAUAAAUUACCUACUCACUUAUCCAAACCUUAGCUAGAAUUGAUUUGACUUGAUUUAGAAUGUCAAAAGAGGUAGUUUCACUAAAGGUGAUAGAGAUGGGGUGGGUCAAGUUGAGCAGCUGCAGCAACACCUCGCAAACUUUGAGCCUUCAUCAGAACAAACAGAACAGCAGGAAGAGGCCCAGACUGGUGUGGAGUCACUUCGGCCAGUGAAUGAUGAUACAGAGGCUGCUAAUGAGAUAGCACAACAAGAGCCACGAAAAGGUGAGAGGGUCCGCAGGUUAACUGAAAAGGGCAGAGAACUGCGCGACGAAAGGUGGAGACAGCUCGAACAUCGUUUCAGGGUCAGCUAUGAGAAGUGGAAGGCUCUGGUAAAGGAAGCAAAACUGUCACUGACAGGCUGUUGCUCUGAAGACCUACUAGAAGACCUCUUAAACAAGAUUAGCCAUACCUCAACAGAGCUAAACCUUGUCUACGUAAAUUUGCGUCAAAUCGACAUUCCCGACAACGAUAUACGACGCAGAGUUGAUACUUGUGAAGCAGUUACAAUGUCUAUUAUCAAGACUGUAAGGUGUCAUUUAAAAUGCAGGGAAGAAGGUCAAAGUAACCAGAUAGAGUUGCACUGGAAGGACAGCAAUUCCUUGUGCAUGUCUGAACUCUCACAUAAGUCAAGUCUCAACUAUCAGCCCUCAAGUGCUUCCUCCCAGUCUCAAAGCAACUCAAAGGUCAACUCCAGACGCUCAAGCGUGUCAUCUGUCAAGAGACAAGAGGCUGCGGCGGAAGUUGCUGCUAACCAAGCAGCUUUAGAAGUAAUGGUUAAGCAAGAACGCCAACUAGAAGAGCUUCAGCGACUUGAAGAUGAAGAUAAGAAGAGGACAGCGGAGCAAGAAGCUGAGGCUGUGAAACGCAGCUUAGAAGAAGCUAGGCUGCGAGUCAAGUUAGAGGUAGAAAAUGCUGCCAGACGAAGGACACUAGAAGACAAGCGUAGAGAGUUAGAGCGCCUAGAAGUGCUCAAGAAACUAAAUGCUGCCAAGGCGCGAAUGCAAGUGUAUGAGCAAGAUGAAAACUCAGAGGACGAGAAGAGAGAACUACUCUCUAACUGCAAAUCUGUGAAAGAAGUCACGCACAGAAGUGGCUCAUUUCACAGUCUCUCACCACAACAUGUUGUGACAAGCACACAGCAAGAAGAUGGCACCAAGACCAUGUUCAGGUUACUAGCGGAAUCAAUCAGUGAAAGCCGCCUCCCCAUACCAGAACCAGUAACAUUCAAUGGAGAGCCUCUCUCGUACACUGACUGGAAGGUCUCUUUUCAGACUCUGAUAGACAGGAAGAACAUACCAACAACUGAGAAGAUAUAUUACUUAAGAAAAUAUGUCGGUGGGCCUGCCAAGAAAGCCAUCGAAAGUUACUUUAUGUUAGGAACAGAAUCAGCCUACCAUGCUGCUUGGACCAUUCUUGAAGAAAGGUACGGAAACAAAUUCUUCAUCGCCAAGUCUUUCAGAGAUAAGCUCAAUGCAUGGCCUACAAUAGGAUCCAAGGACAGUCUUGAACUUAGAGACCUUGUAGACUUUCUUCGCAGCUGUGAAGCUGCUAUGUCUCAGAAUAAGGGCCUGGAGGUGCUUAAUGACUGUAAUGAAAACCAAAAGAUCCUCGCUAAACUUCCAGAUUGGCUAACUUCAAGAUGGAAUAGAAAGGUCACAGACAUCUUAGAAGAAACGGAGAUCUUUCCUAGUUUCAGUCAGUUUGUGAAGUUUCUCACGAGAGAAGCCAAGAUUGCUUGCAAUCCUGUAACAUCCCUUCAUGCUUUGAAACCAAGUGAAGAUGGGAAACUUAAGACGCCAAGGAUUCAAAACCCCGGAGCAAGGGUAUUAGCAACUAACUCUGAUGAGAAAGAUACUGUUACUAGUUGUGUCUUCUGUGAGAAGUCAGGUCACAGUCUCCACAAAUGCUGGAAGUUCAUGGAUAAGCCCGCCGCAGAGCGACAGAAGUUUGUUCAAGAGAAUAAAUUGUGCUUUGGCUGUUUAAGGCCUGGGCAUCGAUCGAAAGAUUGUGAUAACAGGAACACCUGCGACACGUGUCAGAGGAGGCAUCCAUCCUGCCUGCACGAAGAUCGUAGUAAAGAAAGGUUAAGGGAUAGGAAGACAGAGCCCCCACGAGAUAAGGGGACAAGAGCGUCAAGUGAGGCCAUAUCUAACAGAGUCGUAAGGGACAUUAACACUCACACCUCCACAAUCAUUCCAGUAUGGGUGUCAACCACAAGUGAGCCAGAUCGUGAAGUUCUUGUGUAUGCACUUCUUGACACCCAGAGUGACACCACUUUUAUCCUUGAAGAGACAACAAAGGCUCUCAAUACAAGGAAGGAGCCAGUCCAACUGAAACUCUCUACAAUGGCUUCAAGAAAUACCACUGUGCCCUGCCAGAAGCUGUCUGGUUUGCAGGUUAGAGGGUUUUACUUGGAGAAGAAAAUCCCUCUGCCAACGACCUACUCGAGAGAGUUUAUUCCUGCAAACAGAGAUCAUAUUCCUACUCCAGAGACUGCAAGAGCAUGGUCUCAUCUUGAACACAUUGCAGAGGAGAUUGCUCCUCAACAGAGCUGUGAUGUCGGUCUCUUAAUUGGCUACAACUGCUCCCAGGCUCUCCUUCCAAGAGAAAUUGUGUCUGGUAAGGGAAAUCAGCCUUUUGCUCAGAGAACAGAUCUUGGCUGGAGCAUAGUCGGCUAUGGAAAUCCAUGUAUCGACUAUGGCGACCCUAUUGGAGUGAGUCAUCGGGUUAUCGUUAGACAGGUGAUGCCAAGCCUUCAAUCUUCUUCCAACCUCACAAAUCAAGUACACCAUGUUUGUAGAACACAUGUAAGAGAGGUAAUCACAACACUGGACAUUAUCAAGACGCUUGAAUCUGACUUCAACGAGAGAGAGCUGCAGAAGAGGACCUCAUAUCUCAAGAGGAUAUCCGGUUCCUGAAGAAAAUGAAAGAGG